AUGGAGAAGAGCAGCUUCGCCAUGGCCAAGUUCGGGCUGGAGCACAAAGAGGCGAUGCCGAAGCGCGACUGCGGUUUUUACCUCAAAUACAUUUUCCUUUUCACCUCGCUGAUCCAAUUCCUGAUCAUCCUGGGGCUCGUGCUCUUCAUGGUGUACGGGAACGCCCAGGCGGGCACCGACACCCACCUGAGGCUGCUGGAGGAGCAGGUGCAGAGCCACUACCGCAGGAUUGUCGCCCUGGGUGCCACCAACGCCAACCUGAGCCGCACGCUCAACGCCACCCUGAAGGACAGGGACAAGGUGCAGGGGAUGGCGCUGAAGGCGCAGAAGGAGCUGGAGAAGUGUAACAGCAGCCAGGCCUCCAGCAGCAUCCCACAGCUGCAGGAGCUCCUGUUCCAGCAGCUGAGGCUGAAAGAGUGCCAGGUGAUCACCACCCUCAUCAACAACACCUGCACCGCUGAGAAGCUGCAGCUGCAGCGGCAGCUGGACCAGGCCAGCUUGUCCAAGAGAACCCUGGAGGGCAGCAGGCAGCAGAGCCAGGCCGAGCUGACCAAAGUGACCCAGGAGAAGGACAAGUGCCAGCAGGACCUGCAGAGUGCCAGGACCGAGGGCGACCUGAGCAGGAUGGAGCUGGAUGUGCACAAACAUCGCUGCAGCUCCCUGCAGAGCGACGUGAGCGAGAAGAUCCUGAGGGUUUUGGAUCUGGCCAAGCAAUACCAGUGCAAAGAGGCCGAGAAGGAGCUGGGGCAGAUCCGGGAGCGCGUGGAGGAGCUGCUGCGGCGGCAGAAGGAGCGCGACUCGCUCUUCGUGUGGAGGAGCAGCUGCGAGCUGAGCGUGCAGCAGUGCCGCCACAACUGCUCCCGCGACACGCAGGAGCUGCAGCAGAGGAUCCAGGGGCUGGAGAAGCUCCAGAAGGACAGCGAGGAGGAGAGGAAGAGGCUGCAGGCGGACAAGGAGAAGGUGGGGAAGGAGCUGGAGGAGAAGAGGAAGGCGGCGGCAGCGAUGGAGGAGUCGCUGCGGCAGCAGCUCGGGGUCUGCAUGGGAACCAAGAUGUCCCACCUGGACCUGCCGGGCUCGCGGGGGCCAGGCAGCGCCGCCCGCUCGAGCUCCUUCCCCGGCACGGGCGCCUACAUGGAGCUCCUGAAGAACCCGGCCACGCUGGGCACCAUGGGAAUGCAGAACCCAGUGGAGCUCCAGCAGAUGCUGCAGCUGAUGGAGCAGUACACGGCCACCCUGAAGAACGCCAGCGGAUAACGCUGGAAAAUCCCACGGAAAACCAGGAGAGCCGCCCAGGAGGUGCUUCCCGCAGCACGGAUGGCAACCCCUGCCCCAGAGCCACCCUCCCUUUGUCCCCGU